CGCGGCCAAGCCGGGAACAGCGCGAGCCGCAGCCCGAGCAGGAGCGCCGAGACGCGCCUCCGGAACGUAGAGUAACAAUCACAACCCCACAUUCCGGGCGAGCGCGAGCGGGAAGGGAUGCGACCCGGGCCGAGGCGCCGCGCGAGCGCCCUGCAGCCAACGUGAGCGCCGCCAGCUGCGGCGGCCCGGGCGCGGGCCAGGCCUGGGGGCGGCGGGAGCCUGCGUGCGUGCGCUCCUCUCCUCUGCUCUCGUGCGUCCUGGAAGCGGCGGCCGCGGCGGCUCCCUCCGGCGUGCACACCUAGCCGCCACCAGCUGAACGGCCGUCGUUGCGGAGAGGAGAAGCUCCUCUCUCGGCUGCCACCCCCUCCCCCGGCCCUCCCGAGAAGCAGCGGCUUCAGCAAGAUUGGACCUGGGCACCGGGUGGCACUGAACCCUCUAAGUCCUCGCCCCAGGGAGCCCGGCGGGGAGAGGACGCAGCUCGUAGGGGGCCCCCAGGGGAAAGGAAGAGACAGCUCCUUUCCAGCUUCCACGCACCAGUCACUCCGGGGAGGGGGCCAAGAGGCAACGACAGCCAGGACCCGGCACCCUCGCCCCCUCCCCCCGGUCCGGGAGCUUCCAGCCCGGGUCCGUGGCACCAGGAAGAAGGCGCCUGAGCUUCUCUCCCGACGAGACAGCCGCAGUAGGAGGUGGGGGCGAGGAGCGGGCUGAACUCGUGGAGCCCCCGCGGAGAGGCGCUGCGCCGGCGGUGGAGACUCGCGCUCCCUCCAGCCCCUGGGGCAGAACUUUCUCGCCCCCCCUUCUCCCUCCCCCGCAGCCGGACACCCUCCCCAGCCGGCCAGUCCUCCCGGAGGAGAAGGCGCCGCGGAGAGUGCCCGGGCGGGGGCCUACCUUCCCCAGGGCCGGCAUCAUGUCGGCGGCGCAGGUGUCCUCGUCCCGGAGACAAUCUUGCUACCUGUGCGACCUGCCCCGCAUGCCCUGGGCCAUGAUCUGGGACUUCUCGGAACCCGUAUGCCGCGGUUGCGUCAACUACGAGGGCGCCGAUCGCAUCGAGUUCGUGAUCGAGACCGCGCGCCAGCUGAAGCGGGCACAUGGCUGCUUUCAGGACGGCCGCUCCCCCGGGCCGCCGCCGCCCGUCGGGGUCAAGACAGUGGCCCUGUCGGCUAAGGAAGCGGCGGCGGCGGCGGCGGCAGCGGCCGCCGCACAGCAGCAGCAACAGCAGCAGCAGCAGCAGCAGCAGCAACAGCAGCUCAACCACGUUGACGGUUCCAGCAAGCCUGCGGUGCUGGCGGCCCCGUCCGGCCUGGAGCGCUACGGCCUGAGCGCAGCCGCCGCCGCAGCCGCUGCAGCCGCCGCUGCCGUGGAACAGCGCAGCCGCUUCGAGUACCCGCCACCGCCGGUGAGCCUGGGAAGCAGCAGCCACGCCGCGCGGCUGCCCAACGGCCUGGGGGGCCCAAAUGGCUUUCCCAAGCCAACACCGGAGGAGGGACCCCCGGAGCUGAACCGUCAGAGCCCCAACUCGUCUUCAGCGGCGGCGUCGGUGGCCUCUCGGCGUGGGACGCACGGUGGGCUGGUGACUGGGCUGCCCAACCCGGGGGGUGGCGGAGGACCCCAGCUCACAGUGCCCCCCAACCUGCUGCCGCAGACGCUGCUUAACGGCCCAGCCAGCGCCGCGGUACUGCCCCCACCUCCGCCCCACGGGCUGAGCAGCCGUGGGCCCCCGACGCCCGCGCCCCCAGGAGCUCCCGGGGGCCCCGCUUGUCUCGGGGGCGCCCCGGGUGUAUCGGCCGCGUCGUCCUCGGCGUCGUCUUCGACCUCGUCGUCUGUGGCAGAGGUGGGCGUGGGUGCUGGUGGCAAGAGGCCCGGCUCGGUGUCGAGCACGGACCAGGAGCGCGAGCUGAAGGAGAAGCAGCGCAACGCCGAGGCCCUGGCGGAGCUGAGCGAAAGCCUGCGCAACCGCGCCGAGGAGUGGGCCAACAAGCCCAAGAUGGUCCGCGACACGCUGCUCACGUUGGCUGGCUGCACGCCCUACGAGGUGCGUUUCAAGAAGGACCACUCGCUGCUGGGCCGCGUCUUCGCUUUCGACGCCGUCUCUAAGCCCGGCAUGGACUACGAGCUGAAGCUGUUCAUCGAAUAUCCCACGGGCUCGGGCAACGUGUACUCCAGCGCGUCUGGUGUCGCCAAGCAGAUGUACCAGGACUGCAUGAAGGACUUCGGCCGGGGCCUCUCCUCCGGCUUCAAGUACCUGGAGUACGAAAAGAAGCACGGCUCUGGGGACUGGCGCCUGCUUGGGGACCUGCUGCCCGAGGCCGUGCGCUUCUUCAAGGAGGGCGUGCCCGGCGCGGAUAUGCUGCCCCAGCCCUACCUGGACGCCAGCUGCCCCAUGCUGCCCACGGCGCUGGUGAGUCUAAGCCGCGCCCCUAGCGCACCCCCGGGCACUGGGGCCUUGCCGCCCGCCGCGCCCCCGGGCCGGGGUGCAGCCGCCAGCCUGCGCAAGAGGAAGGCAUCCCCCGAGCCCCCUGACUCAGCCGAGGGCGCUCUGAAGCUGGGCGAGGAACAGCAGAGGCAGCAGUGGAUGGCGAACCAGAGCGAGGCGCUGAAGCUUACCAUGUCGGCCGGGGGCUUUGCGGCGCCGGGGCACGCGGCAGGAGGUCCUCCACCGCCGCCCCCACCCCUGGGACCCCAUUCCAACCGGACCACACCGCCCGAGUCAGCUCCCCAGAACGGCCCGUCCCCCAUGGCCGCCCUCAUGUCAGUGGCAGACACUCUGGGCACGGCGCACUCCCCAAAGGACGGCAGUUCUGUGCACUCUACCACUGCGUCCGCGCGGCGCAACAGCAGCAGCCCGGUGUCGCCGGCCUCCGUGCCGGGGCAGCGCCGGUUGGCAUCACGUAACGGGGACCUGAAUUUACAGGUGGCGCCCCCGCCGCCUAACGCCCACCCGGGCAUGGACCAAGUGCACCCCCAAAACAUUCCGGAUUCCCCCAUGGCCAACAGCGGACCCCUCUGCUGUACCAUUUGCCACGAACGUUUGGAGGACACGCAUUUCGUUCAGUGCCCAUCCGUCCCCAGCCACAAAUUCUGCUUCCCUUGCUCUAGAGAGAGUAUUAAGGCCCAGGGGGCCACCGGCGAGGUGUAUUGCCCCAGCGGAGAGAAAUGCCCCCUAGUCGGGUCGAAUGUACCUUGGGCCUUCAUGCAGGGCGAAAUCGCGACUAUCUUAGCUGGGGAUGUUAAAGUGAAAAAGGAGAGAGACCCUUGAACCACAGGGCAGCCACCUCUUUUGCCCUAGACCAGCUCCCCUCCAAUCCAGAGGGCCCCUCCCCCACCCACCUGGACCUUCCCUUCCCUCACCCCCAUGAUGUAGAAUUGUGAAUAUAACAAACUGCAAAAAGUUAGUCUUAUGUAUAGACAUUAUUUUCGUGGUAUGUUUCUAUAUUUUGAAACAAAGGUAUGUAACUUCUUCAUUUGAAGGAUAAGCUGGUUUGUGUUAAGCGGUAUAAUAUUGGUUGGGUCAUUUGCAUCAUAUUCGUUAGCAUUUAUUUGGUGGCAGAAUGUUUGCCUAGGUACAGAAUAGCCCUUAGCAACGACUGCUGCUGGUGUGUACUUUUGUAAAUGUUAUGCACCCUCUGAAAGGAAAAACACAAAAGAAAAAGACUUUUUUUUUUUUUGCCAAGGCCAGUGUUGCUGCCUAAAAAAAAAAAA